AUGAAUACAACCGAUCAACAACACUUUUUGGCCGGUAAACGUAUCAUUAUUGCAGGUGGUGGGAUCGGUGGAUUAACUUUUUGCAUUGCCCUACAACAUUUUCUUGAUAAUGCAACAAAAAAAAUCGAACCACCACCAACUAUUAUUGUUUAUGAACGUGAUACAUCAGUUGAUGCUGUUGGACGAGAAGGCUAUUCACUUUCAAUUCGUGGAGAUGCACUUAGUGGAGGAAUGCAAACACUUCAAAAACUUGGCAUUCUUGAUGAAAUGAUCAUGGAAAGUAAUCCCGGUACAUAUUUUACACUUUUCAACACUGAUUUUUCUUCAUUAAUGCAAAUUAGAUCACCACCUGUUGAAGGUUUAUCUCAAUCGAGUAUGCGCAUUGCACGUUCCAAAUUGCGUGAAAUUCUUAUUAAAAACGUACCUUCGUCAAUUAUCAUUAAUCGGAAUUGUGCUAUUAAAUCUGCCCAUGAGCUUGACGAUGGGCAAAUCUUAAUUGAUUUAGCUGAUGGCACUCAAGAACAAUGUCAUUUAUUAAUAGCUGCUGAUGGUUCGAACAGUAUUAUUCGAAAAGCACUUCGACCAGAACAUGUACUAAAUUUUGCUGGUGCUGUUAUCAUUGCAGCACGUACUCGAGCUUUAGAUAAAUUACCAUCUCCUAUAGACAAAACAUGGGGAGGUGUGCUCGGUGGUAAUGGACAUUUUCUUUUUGUUGCGCCUUCAGAUCGAACAAGUGCUCUUUGGAGCGUCAGUUAUUUGUCUGAUACACCUCGUGAAUCAAAAGCUGCUGGAACAAUAACUGAUGAUGAAAUUGAUGAAAUUUUAACUGAAGCUAAAGAACGCACAAAAGUCUAUGGUGAACCAAUGCCUACAUUAUUCAAAGAGACAUUACGUAGCAGUGUCGCUGUUUUCAAUGCCAAAGAUAUGAUACCUUUUCGAAAUCACGGUUCGGUCAUUUUCAUUGGUGAUGCACAACACGCCAUGAGUCCAUUUGCUGGUAAUGGAGCGAAUAUGGCUAUUAUGGAUGGUUAUCAACUUGCAGAUCAAUUAGUUCAUGCCAAAGACUUAAAUACAGCAAUAAAAUCUUAUGAUGAUUUAAGUAUUCCAAGAUCAACAAGAGCUAUCAAUAUGAGUCAUCGAAGUAUUACAAUAGGUCAUUCGCAAGGCUUCUGGAAAUAUAUUUGGGUAACAGUACUCAAACUUAUGACAUGGUACUUCAGUCUUAAUUAUCAACACGAUUAA